GAGCUCUGCCCGUCGCGCCGCCCCCUCCCUCAGUCUUUCCACCUCCACCCCGCCGCCUGUUUUAUGUUUUUUUAUUGUUUGUUUUUUUUUUUUUUUUCGUCACCCCCUCACCUUCGGUUUUUAUCCCGGCCGCGAGCAAAGUGUCUUCAUGAGCGCAGAGGAUGUCCGGGAAGCACUACAAGGGGCCUGAAGUCAGUUGUUGCAUCAAAUAUUUCAUCUUCGGCUUCAAUGUCAUCUUCUGGUUCCUUGGCAUAGCAUUUCUUGGGAUUGGAUUGUGGGCAUGGAAUGAAAAGGGAGUGCUGUCCAACAUCUCUUCCAUCACUGACCUGGGUGGCUUUGAUCCAGUUUGGCUCUUCCUAGUGGUAGGAGGAGUUAUGUUCAUUUUGGGAUUUGCAGGAUGCAUUGGAGCUUUGCGAGAAAAUACCUUUCUUCUCAAAUUUUUUUCUGUGUUUCUUGGAAUUAUUUUCUUCUUGGAACUCACUGCUGGUAUUCUAGCAUUUGUUUUCAAAGACUGGAUCAAGGACCAGCUGUAUUUCUUUAUAAACAACAACAUCAGAGCAUACCGAGAUGACAUUGAUUUGCAAAACCUCAUAGACUUUACGCAGGAAUAUUGGCAGUGCUGCGGGGCUUUUGGAGCUGAUGACUGGAACCUCAAUAUUUACUUCAAUUGCACAGAUUCCAAUGCAAGUCGAGAGCGCUGUGGUGUGCCAUUCUCUUGCUGCACUAAAGACCCUGCCGAAGAUGUUAUUAAUACUCAGUGUGGCUAUGAUGCAAGGCAAAAACCAGAAGUUGAUCAGCAGAUUGUUAUCUACACAAAAGGCUGUGUCCCUCAAUUUGAGAAAUGGUUGCAGGACAAUCUUACCAUAGUUGCUGGUAUAUUCAUCGGGAUAGCAUUACUGCAGAUAUUUGGGAUUUGCUUAGCCCAGAAUUUGGUUAGUGACAUUGAGGCUGUCAGAGCCAGCUGGUAAAACUGCUGAAGUAACCACAACAAGACACUGGACAACCGAAACCCUCUGAAACCUCCAGUGUGUCUCACCGACACCAAGCUGUAUGGACAUGGGUGACAGGGAAGCCUUCUCUCCCACAUAGUCUCAAGUUUAAGUUCCUGAUAUUGCAGUGAACUCAUAUUUCUUUGGGGUGGGGGUUAGAAGAGUGGGCUCUUUAAAAUCUGCUGCUCACUGACAAUUUUUUUCUUUUUUUUUUUUUUCUUUAAACCACCAUUUUGAAAGCUGUUGAGCCGUGAAUCUCUACUGUAUUCUUGAUCCUGAGUAACAAGUGGACACUUUUUAAAAAUUGGUGUAUUCAGUGGGACAGAGUUGCAUUAUUGUUAUCUGUGGAUAUACUGUUUAUUCUUCAUGCCAUGAGCUCUUAGUAGCUGCCAAGUAUUCCUGAGAUGGUCGCUCACCUCACCACGCUAAAGGAACAGUCUUCUUAUUUUCACAGAUAAACGUAGCUGCAGGCUUUCUAUGCAUCUAUUGUACAGUAAAUGAAAUUGUUUUUAAGACAAGGGAAUGUUAUCUUUUUCUUUUUUUUUUUUUUUUACACAAGGUUCCAGCCAUCUCCCUGUAGUAUUUUCAAGUUGGAAUGAGCAAGCUCACAGGGAGAACUGCCUAAUUUUAUCAACAUCUUUCUUCCUUUCUCUAUCCUUGUAUGAAGGGGAAGGAGUUUUAUAUUUGUCAAACAAGGGUUGUAGAGCCUUUAGUUGCUGCCAUACCUUAGGACAUCAGCCUCUUAAGGCAAGAAUGAGAUAUAACUGUAUAAAUGUAUGAAAGCAGUGUGGAUAUUGGGUCCAAGUGAAUAUUAUUAUUCAAAGAAUGAAUUAUAUAUUAACUUAAAAAAAAAAAAAGAAAAAGAAAGCAUCUGACAUGGCUAAAUCUUUUGUUUCUCUGGAAUUUAGUGUAACCUAAUAUAUUUAGGGAUCUCACUAAUAUUAUGCUUUGAUAUACUUGUACAAAACUUCUUUUAAGAUAAUUUCUAGUUCUGUUCCUUUCUGAGGCUUUGUUCUUAAUUUUUUUUUCCUUCAAUUCUUUUCACUUGCAUGAGCUGUGGAGUAAGAAUCUGUGACACUCCAGUGCUUUAAAUCUGUGCGUAUGUUUUAAUACAGUCUAAUUCAAACUUAUUUAUUGGUAAAUGCAUGUGAUUAAGGGAAGAUCAUAUUCCAUUUCUUUGCAACUUGGAGAAAACAGCUUUUACCAGAAUAAAUACUUUCAAUGGACAAAUCCUUGCUAUGAAGAUAAGUCUCCCUUUGUUGCGUAAAAUGCAACAACAACAAAAUAAUCUUGAAGCAAUGGAAUAAAAGUUCUGAAAUAGAAAUGUGUAUUAGGAUCAGCCAAGGCACAUACUCUUGAAAUGGACAAAAUUUGAAAUCAAGCUCAGAUCAGACUCCAUCCACCUUAAAGUUUGAUUUGUUGUUCUUGAAAAAUAAUAAUGAAUUUAUAAACCUGACCAUGACUUGGAUAGUUCCAUUGUACUUUGUACAAAUUACUCUCCUUUUAUGACCUUCUCCAGUAUCUGCAGAAUAAGCUCUGAAAGCUAUGAGCUCUUUGCUCCUGCUUUGGUAAAACAGUGAUAAAAACUUGUGUAGCAUCUCUUUGCAAGAGAUGAUUUUUCAGAGGAGUACAUGGAGUAGAAGAGGUUAAUGCAUUGUUUCCUAAGUGUCCCUGCUGUGGUGGAUGGAUAGGAAGCUGCUCUGGUGGCCUAUUAAGGUCUUUACUGGUUCCAGGACUCUUAAACAUAUGAUUAUAUGUACCCUUGCAUAUUUUUACCUUUCUGUGCUUUAGUCAACUGUGUUUCUCCCCCCUCUAAAACUGGUGUUGGGCACACUGAUGAUCCACAGAUGCUACAGAAAGUCCUUUGGUCCUUCUGUCUUUCAGUAUUACCUCAUUCUCUUCUGGUUAACUCCCACUGACUGUCUCUGAAUCAGGCAGCCUCCAUAUCCUUUGGUAUCUGCUGUGAAAGGCCAGCCAUGACUCAGAGUUAUUAUUAUUAUUUUUUUUUUAAAGCCUUUGCAAGCAAUUAUAAUUCACUGUCCUUAAUAAAGUUGGUUCCACCUCA